GGAGAAAGCAGAAAAUUUUAUCAUUUUGUGCGUCGUAUUUUUUCUAAUUUAUUUGUGAUCCUGGCGUCAAAAUUGUAGAUAGAAAUUAAUUGACGAAGGGUCGAGAGGAAACAUGUCGGAAAACCUGAUAGCUACUGCUAGACACUUGGACAAAGAGGAUCAUGAGCAGCCAGAACCUUUUCGAGUCGAGCCGAAUAUUAUGUGGCCAGAUUUUAAAGCUGUGGUUAUAGCUCAAUAUGAAGACCCUCCAGAUGAUGUGAUCAUCAAAUAUUCAGAUGAGGACAAUGAUAUGAUUAUGAUGAGCACACAAGAUGAACUGUUUGAAGCCAUGAAGACUGCUGCUGAUAAUGGAGGAAUCAUGCAGUUGGAAGUGAAGGGGAUCAAGAAGACUGAAAGUGCAACAGAAAAGAAAGCAUACCCUGCUCCUGUGACACAAAUUGACGCUACUCGAAUUUUACCAGCCAUCCCCCGAAAUAAAGUGCCACAUACUCUACCUUUAAUCACAGUCAACAGUUCCGAUCAGCCAUCAACGAGUGAGAUGGCAGAACCCGCUGAUAUGAGAGAAACAGGGGAGAUUACUCCUAAUUCAGACAGAGACCAAGAAACUGGAUUAUAUUUAACAAAGAAUAUAUCCGACAAGGAAGAAGCCCAAGUCCUAGAAACAGACAGUAACUCUGCCUCCUCAGCUGAUCAACCAAUAGAAACAGAAAAAAUCUCUUCCAACAGUGAAUAUGAAAGAAUGACAGGUGCCAAUCUUCCUGAAGUACCUUCUGAUGAUUCUAUGCCCUACCCAGCUUUUGUUGAGUUCAUGGAAAAGUUGAAACAAGAAUUACGUAAUGAAAUAGUCCAUGAUGUGACCAAAAAGACUGUAAAACAAGUUCUACGUGGUUUGGAUCACACUUCAAAUAGAUUAGAAGAUGGUGGUCCAUGGGGAGGUAGAAAAACAGAUCUUAGACAUGUUCAUCCUAUAUAUCUACAUGAAGGUGUAUCAUGUAAAAAUUGUCAGAAGACUAUUCUGGGACCCAGAUACAAAUGUGGUAAUUGUGUGGACUAUGAUUUGUGUGAGAAAUGUGAAAGUAAAUAUGGUAUACACAGCUCAGAUCAUGUAUUUAUAAAACUACGACGACCGUGCCGAGAUGGUCUGUAUCGAGACAGUAAGAAAUCUCCCCUACUGAAACGAGUGUUGUAUAAAUCUGAGGCUCUGGUUGAACCACAAGAGAGAAGAAAAGAUGAAGAAAAAAGUGGAGAAAAUGUUUG